GCCAUGCACGCCCUCACCGGCUUCUCUUUGGUCAGCCUGCUCAGCUUCGGCUACCUGUCCUGGGACUGGGCCAAGCCGAGCCUCGUGGCUGAUGGGCCCGGGGAGACGGACGCGGAGCCGCCCUCCACCGCUCCGCCCCAGCCUCCCCACAUCAUCUUCAUCCUCACCGACGACCAGGGCUACCACGACGUGGGCUACCAUGGGUCUGACAUCGAGACCCCCACGCUGGACCGGCUGGCGGCCGAGGGCGUCAAGUUAGAGAACUAUUACAUCCAGCCCAUCUGCACGCCUUCCCGGAGCCAGCUCCUCACCGGCAGGUACCAGAUCCAUACCGGAUUGCAGCACUCCAUUAUCCGCCCACGGCAGCCCAACUGCCUGCCUCUGGACCAGGUGACCCUGCCACAGAAGCUGCAGGAGGCAGGUUACUCCACCCACAUGGUGGGCAAGUGGCACUUGGGCUUCUACCGGAAGGAGUGCCUGCCCACCCGCCGGGGCUUUGACACCUUCCUGGGUUCGCUCACUGGCAACGUGGACUACUAUACCUAUGACAACUGUGAUGGCCCGGGGGUAUGUGGCUUUGACCUACACGAGGGGGAGAAUGUGGCCUGGGGGCUCAGUGGCCAGUACUCCACCAUGCUGUAUGCCCAGCGUGCCAGCCACAUCCUGGCAAACCACAGCCCCCGGCGGCCUCUGUUUCUGUACGUGGCCUUCCAAGCGGUCCACACCCCCCUGCAGUCACCUCGGGAGUACCUGUACCGCUACCGCACCAUGGGCAACGUGGCCCGGCGGAAAUACGCAGCCAUGGUGACCUGCAUGGAUGAGGCUGUGCGCAACAUCACCUGGGCCCUUAAGCGCUACGGUUUCUAUAACAACAGUGUCAUAAUCUUCUCUAGCGAUAAUGGUGGCCAGACUUUCUCAGGAGGCAGCAACUGGCCACUCCGAGGACGCAAGGGCACUUACUGGGAAGGCGGUGUGAGGGGCUUGGGCUUUGUCCACAGCCCCCUGCUCAAGCGAAAGCGAAGGACCAGCCGGGCACUGGUGCAUAUCACUGACUGGUACCCAACCCUGGUAGGCCUGGCAGGGGGCACUGCAUCAGCAGCCGAUGGGUUGGAUGGCUAUGAUGUGUGGUCAGCCAUCAGUGAGGGCCGGGCCUCACCACGCACAGAGAUCCUGCACAAUAUUGACCCACUCUACAACCACGCCCGAUAUGGAUCCCUAGAGGGUGGCUUUGGCAUCUGGAACACUGCUGUGCAAGCUGCCAUCCGUGUAGGUGAGUGGAAGCUCCUGACAGGAGAUCCUGGCUGUGGUGAUUGGAUCCCACCGCAGACACUGGCUGCCUUCCCUGGCAGCUGGUGGAACCUGGAGCGGAUGGCCAGCGUUCGCCAGGCUGUAUGGCUUUUCAACAUCAGCGCUGACCCUUACGAACGGGAGGACCUAGCUGGCCAGCGGCCCGACGUAGUACGAACUCUGCUGGCCCGCCUCGCUGAUUAUAACCGCACUGCGAUCCCUGUACGCUACCCUGCUGAGAAUCCCCGGGCCCAUCCUGACUUCAAUGGGGGUGCAUGGGGGCCCUGGGCCAGUGAUGAUGAUGAUGAUGAAGAGGAGGAAGAGGAAAGCAGGGCUCGCAGCUUCUCCCGGGGUCGCCGCAAGAAAAAAUGCAAGAUCUGCAAGCUUCGAUCUUUUUUCCGUAAACUAAACACCAGGCUGAUGUCCCAUCGGAUUUGAUGGGGGGGGGGAGGGGAGUGGUGGUGGCAGGGAUCUCGGGUCCCCUACAGCACUCCCCC